CGCUGCAGCGGCCGGAGCUGGAGACCGAGCGAGGGGGAAAGCAAGAUGGCGGAGCUCGAAGACGUUACGCUGGAUGGAAGGCCUCUUCAUUCGCUCCGGGUGGCGGAUUUAAAGGCCGCCCUGGCGCAGCGAGGCCUCUCCAAAAGCGGACAGAAAAAUGCCCUCAUCAAGAGGCUCAAAGGGGCUCUGAUGUUGGAAAACCUUCAGAGAACCUCUACACCUCACAUUGGACUUCAACCAAACUCCCAGAUUGGGGAGGAGAUGAGCCAGAACAGCUUUAUAAAGCAGUACCUGGCCAAACAACAGGAGCUCCUUAGGCAGCGUCUGGAAAGGGAGGCUAGAGAAGCAGCCGAGGUCGAUGAGACGGACACCCCUGCUGGCCGAGAUCAGGAAGAGCACACUUCUGGCAACGACACCUGUGCCCCUUCAGGACAGGAGGUGUCCCCUGCACAGGACGAUCAGCGGAAGCAACAGGCUCCUCCGUACCCUGGCAUUCGGGUGGAGGAGGGUGGAUCACACGGGGGGUCAGGUGAAGACAGCAGGGUUAGAGAUGGGGAGGGACCUCAGCCUUCUGCCCCCAUCUCAAAGUAUUACACUCAACGGGCUGCCCAUCACAAUGCGCACGAUGGCCAGGUGGGCGCCCCCCUGGCUCCUGACCACAGGACUCUGCACUUCUCUGGUGGCGUAAGUCGCGGAGAGCAGGAAGCCCACCAGCCAGCUGCAGCUUUGCCUCGAGUGGUGGCGUCACUCUCCGUGCGUGUGGUUGGGGAGCCAGAGAGGGCGGGCACGGCAUUCCCUGGACCCCCAAGGGAAUCUCUCCCUAGCCGCUCCACGGCAGAGCCAGCCCAGAGGGCCCAGGAAGGAUCCGCCCGGCCAGAGAGCGACGAGGACAGCUUUGAUGAGGACGAUGAUAAGGAGGAGGAAGAGGGUGUGGGAAUGAGGAGGAGACGAGGGGAGCCACCCAGCCGUUCGCGAGCACGUGAGAGAGCCAGGCGCACUCGGCAAAUGCCGCAGCGCAUAGUGCAGCCGCAGCUGCCUCAUCAGCCACAGCUGCAACUCAGGCAGCCCACGCCACCUCCAUCGCCUCCCCCAGAGCUCUCCUUCCCCCUGCCUGACACCCCCAAGCAGAGCCCCCCCAAUGUAGAGGAGCCUAGUGGGGCAGCUGUAGGAGCUGGCAUGCCGGUGCCCCCACAGAGGGGUAGUUUGUCACCUGCUCUCCAGCGUCAGGACAGUAGCAGCAGUUCUGGCACCUCCAGCAGCAAUAGCCGCAGCAGCAGUCCAGAGCCACAGGGGGGUGCUAGAGAGCGUAAGCCUGGCCCUCUUACCCUGUUGGCCCGGAAGAUGGAGUCAGAGGGUGCUUUUGAUGGGGGAAAGGGAAAGGGUAACCUCGAGUUUGAGGAUCUACCAGAAGGAGCCAACAGUCAGAAAUAUAGUGCUGCUGCUGUAGCCACUAUCACAUCUGUAGAUGGCACUGGGUUGUUCCCUGGCACUAAUAUAAUGGGGAAAGGGUCAGGGAUACCUGUCCCUAUGGGUGCAGGUACGCUGCCUACCAUUAUGUUUUCUGGUACAGCUUCAACACAUGUUCCUGGAGUGAGUGUAGCUGCAAAGAUAGGAGAGCGUCAGGAGAGGAUCGUAGAGGAAAGAAAUGUGUGUCUUUUUGAGCAAAUGAGUGUGGAGUCUUCUCCCCAAACUGAUUUUCCGAUUGAGCAACAGACACAGGAUUUCAGGGGCAGGGAGAAAGUGUUGGAAAGAGAAGAGCGGAUAAAGCAGCAGGAGCUGGAGAGAGAGAAGCUUGAGAAGGAAAAACAGGAGCAGCUAGAGAGACAAGAAAGGGAGCGGCAGGAGCAAGAAAGGCUGGAGAGGGAGCGGCAAGAGCAGGAAAGGCUGGAGAGGGAGAGGCUGGAGAGGGAGCGGCUAGAGCGGGAGAGGUUGGAGAGGGAACGGCGGGAGCAGCAGGAGCGGCUGGAGAGGGAGCGGCUGGAGCAGGAGAGGCUGGAGAGGGAGAGGCUGGAGAGGGAGAGGCUGGAGAGGGAGCGGCUGGAACAGGAGAGGCUGGAGAGGGAGCGGCAGGAGCAGGAGAGGCUGGAGAGGGAGCGGCAGGAGAGGCUGGAGAGGGAGCGGCUGGAGCAGGAAAGGUUGGAGAAGGAGCGGAAGGAGCAGGAAAGGUUGGAGAAGGAGCGGAAGGAGCAGGAAAGGUUGGAGAAGGAGCGGAAGGAGCAGGAAAGGCAGGAGAGGGUGCGGCUGGAGCGGGAGAAGCUAGAGAGGGAGCGGCUGGAACGGGAGAGGCUAGAGAGGGAGCGGCUGGAGCGGGAGAGGCUAGAGAGGGAGCGGCUGGAGCGGGAGAGGCUAGAGAGGGAGCGGCUGGAGCGGGAGAAGCUAGAGAGGGAGCGGCUGGAGCGGGAGAGGCUGGAGCGGGAGAGGCUAGAGAGGGAGCGGCUGGAGCGGGAGAAGCUAGAGAGGGAGCGGCUGGAGCGGGAGAAGCUAGAGAGGGAGCGGCUGGAGCGGGAGAAGCUAGAGAGGGAGCGGGAGAAGCUAGAGAGGGAGCGGCUGGAGCGGGAGAAGCUAGAGAGGGAGCGGCUGGAGCGGGAGAGGCUAGAGAGGGAGCAGCUGGAGCGGGAGAGGCUGGAGCAGGAACGGCUGGAGCGGGAGCGGCGGGAGCAGGAACGGCAGGAGAGGUUGGAGCAGGAAAGGCUGGAGAAGGAGAGGCAAGAACUGGAGCGAGAGAAAGCUUUGGUCCGAGAGAGAGAGAGCCGUCUACCACCAUGGAAGCGUGGACGAGAGAUUGGGGGAUUUUCCUCUUCCUUACAUCCAGUAUCAACUCUACCCACUGCAGCAGAUAAAUGUGUGGAAUCCAUGGAUAAGGACUUGGAGAGGCAGGAACCAGUUACAGCGCACUCCCAGCUGCAGGCACUAGGCGAGAAUCAGCCAUGUAUUCCAGUUUCACCCCAGUCAUCCAAGAAGUUCCACUUCCUUCGGGAGAGCCGCCUGUUGUCCUCACCCUCUACCGCUACCCCAGUAAUCAAGAGACCCCGUACCUUUUCUGAUACCCCCCCUUCAGUGGAAAAGGAGGGUGGCACCAAAAGUAUUAUUCCAGAGGGAACUUCUGGCACACAGAAGGACAUAGAUGCAGAUUUUCACACCUACACUGUCAUUGCAGACACACAGGAAUUACAGAAAACACUCCCACAGCAGGGUGGCCAUGCAGGACCUCUGCAAACUGAUGAUUUGGGGUCCCCUUGGCUGGAUGAAAAGGGCAUAUCGACUAAGCUGUGUGAACCCAAUCAACAAGAAUCAGUGGAUGAGCUCAAGCCAUUAAAGGAAGUUGAAUCAACACAGAAGGAGAAACAAAAAGUUGCUGAGGUACCUAAAGGAGCUCUUGAGCUUUCCCUGCCUGCCUUGCCCCCUUCACCUCCACCAGAAGAAGCUGAGGUGGGAAGAGAGGAUGAAAAAGAGGAACAGUCAUCUCAUUCUGAUUCCUCUUCAUCUGACUCGGAUUCUGGGUCGUCGUCAUCGUCUUGUUCCUCAGGCUCCUCAUCAUCAUCAUCAUCCUCCUCUUCACAGGACCAAAGCAUCUCUGUUUCCAGUAACAGGAAGUCUACCAGCACUUUGGGAGAGACCCAGGACAGCAAGAAACCAGUGCAACCAGAAGGCUCCCUCAAAGCCACUUCUGGGGCACAGCGCAAGAGGACAGCGCGAGAAGAGGAGGACGGCGUGUCCACCGAAGUGAGACACAGCAAGAAGCCACGUGCUGAAAGAACAGGGGAAGAAUGGGAGGACCGUGAUAUGGAUGAUGAUGAUGAUGCAAAAAUGGAGGUUACUCCGAGUCAUUCAUCCAGGGAGGUGAAGCAGGCCACAGCAGACGUGCCUGGCCCGGAUAUAGAGGUGGCUUCAGAUAGCAACGAAGGGCCCGCAGAAGAGAGUUCCACAGCGAAAACAUUCCCGGUCCGCAAGAUCUCACUGAGUGCAAGUGGAAAGCUGUCUCCGGGAGCCACCCCUGCCACGACACCCCCGGCCGCCCCCCUCGGCUCACCGACCGAGGCGGACUCUAGUGCUUUGGCGGGGAGGAAGAGGAGAUGGGGCUCCAGUGCUGCUGUGACUGCCAAGAAGCCUUCCAUUAGCAUCACUACAGAUUCGCUGAAGUCCUUGAUCCCAGACAUCAAGCCCACAGGGGGGCAGGAGGCCGUGGUGGAGCUGCAUCCGGAUGAGGGCCGGCUGUCUGGGGACGAGGAGGUCGCCGAGCGGGAGGAGAUGGGAGAAGCCGAGCUGGACAAAGGACUAAAGAUCCAGCGAACCGUCACACAGGUGGUUCCCGCUGAAAGCCAGGAGAAUGGACAGGAGGAGACAAGAAGGGAGGAGGACAAGGAGCUUCCCGAGAUCGAAAAGAGCCAGGAGGAGUCCAAGGAGGAGAAGGACAUCCCCAUGCCGGUGCCCAUGGAGAUGCAAGCCCCCGCGGCUGCCUGCGAGGCUGACAUGAAGAAGGUGCCGCCCAGCGAUACGCUGCUGCGCCGCUCCAUCAGCCAGCAGAAGACGGGCGUCUCCAUCACUAUAGAUGACCCGCUUCCCAGCACCAAACAACCUUCACCCCCCCGCGGCAAAAUCACCAACAUCGUCCACGUCUGUAACCUGGUGAGGCCGUUCACCCUGGGUCAGCUGAAGGAGCUGCUCAGCCGCACGGGCACUCUGCUGGAGGAGGACUUCUGGAUCGACAAGAUCAAGUCGCACUGCUACGUGACUUACUCCAGCACAGAGGAGGCGUUGGCCACAAGGUCUGCCCUGCAUGGGGUGAAGUGGCCCCAGAGCAACCCCAAAUUCCUCAGUGUGGACUUUGCAGAGAAGGAGGAGGUGGAUUUCCACCGUGGCCUUGUGGUCCCAGAGCGUGGCCCCGGUGAGGAGCCUCCGGGGCCCGCAGCACGGCCCCUGGAGCGUGACCAGCGGGCAGAGCGCGAACGUGAGAUGGAGCGCCGGGAGAGGGCCCGCGGCGAGCGCGAGUGGGACCGCGACAAGGUCCGGGAUUUCGGCCGGCCCGGCGAGGAGAGGGAGGGCGCUGAACGGCGCUCCCGGUCACGGGACCGAGAGCGGAGGCGCAAGGAGCGCGGGAAGAGCAAGGAGAGAAAGGCGGACAAGAAAGAGAAAGCUCCGGAAGAACCACCAGCCAAACUGCUGGACGACCUGUUCUACAAGACCAAAGCAGCCCCUUGUAUAUACUGGCUUCCCCUCACUGAUGAACAGGUGGUACAGCGAGAGAAGGAGCGUGCGGAGCGCAUGAAGGAGCGGGAGAAGCGACGCAAGGAGAUGCAGGAGGAGGAGGAGAGGAAGCGGGAGGAGGAGCGCAAGGAGAGGAUGAAAGGGCGUGAGAAGGAGGGGGGAGGGGGAAGCGGGGCGACGGAGGGGGGUGGCCGGGGGGACGGAGAGCGGGAGAGGGAGCGUGGCCGGGAGCGGGACAGGGAGCGGGAGCGGGACGGGGAGAAGAAGAAGGAGGCGCAGCGCAGCAGAGGUGGGGAGAGCCGAGCAACAGGGGGCAGCAGCGGGGCCCGGCGCUCCCGCAGCCGCAGCAACCCCCCCGGUCGGGACAGACGCCACUAAGACUCUGAGCCCCCAGCGCUGCGCCGUGUGGCUUCAGGAAAAAGCGCGACUCUGUUAACAGCCUCUGCGUGCUGCCGCCCUCCCCUUGUACAGACCUGCUGCGCCCGCCCCCCCCCUGCCCGCCCGCGUCCUCACACACAUGGUCUUAAAUCCCUGCAGCCCCCCUCUGGCCCGCACGCAUGAAUGCCACAUGCCUCUUCCUCCUCAACAGCACAGACACGCUGGUGGGUGAUUUCCCCCACACUGACCUUCACGUCCAGCCACUGGGAGGGGCCCUGAUGCGCCCCAAACUGCCCCCUCCUCCCCGCCGGUGAGGCUCAGGCCGUGUUCUGUGUGGUCACGCACGUCGCUCGUGUGUGCUUGGGCAAAGCAUUCGCUUUGGGUGUGUUCAGCGCCGCCACCAAACCCCCCCCACCCACCCCACCACCACCACCCCCCAAACCUUCAGAGCACGUGUGCGGUAUCCCACCACACCUUCCCGAGGGCAGACACACUCAGCUGCGGAGCCCUGUCUGGAGAGGGACUCCCGGCUGGCCCACAUUCCCUGUCCUGCAGGGGGCGCUCUGAGUCGCCGGUCAUCGCGCGGACGCUUACUGCGCGCUUGGCUCGCUCCGUUGCCGUGGCUGCGUCCCCUCUGCUGUCGCUGUGGCCUGAGCAGAGACACGGAGCCCCUGGCAUGAGAUGCUGUUUCCAUGGUUUUUUUUUUUUCCCACUCCCUCCUUAUCAGUAACCCCCUCCCCCAUUUCCAGAGUUUCUGUAAAAUCCGUAUUCCCCCCCCCCCGUCAGUAUCAGCUAUGAGAAUGAUGGACACUUGUGCCAGGGGUGUCUGGGGAUGGGUGAGUUUAACCUCCAUAAAUGAAAUGACUUUUAAUAUUUUUAAUUUUAUAAUUUUAGUAUGAAAUUUUGAUUUUUUUUUUUUUUUUCCUGUAAGUGCUGAAUGUACAAAGAAUAAAAAUGAAAUUUAAAGACUCUU